AAAGCGCGACGCUUUCUUGAGGUACGGACCGGAGAAAACCAUGCCAUCGACGCGUUGAGAGCAUUUACGGCUUCACACGGGCGUUUUGCACAGGAAAAUAAAGCGAUAUCACCGAAUCCGCCUGCGAUAAGGACCGAGAGGCUCUUCAAAAGCCAACUGUGGAUGUAACUGUUGCACUUUGAACACAGACAUGAACCACUGAGACAGCAAAAGUAGAAAAAGCCUGGAAUACGCUUGAGGGAAGAGCUUCGUCUCGAUCCCCCUCCACAAAAAGAAGGUCUGGAAUCAUGAGGUCCUUGUGGCUGCUGGUAUUUUCCUUCUCUGUUUUGACUGGGACCAACAUGGCAUUUCCAAUGAUUCCCACAGAGCGCCCUGAAGUCAUCGGGAGCUUCAAGGUUAAAGACACGAGUCUUACGCACCUCACAGUGCACCGCAAAACUGGUGAGGUGUUCGUGGGCGCUAUAAACCGAGUCUACAAGCUUUCUGCCAAUCUCACCGAAACACGUUCUCACCAGACCGGUCCUGUUGAAGACAACGCCAAGUGCUACCCACCCCCCAGUGUACGAGCUUGCACGCAGAAACUGGAGUCUACAGACAACGUCAACAAAUUGCUGCUGGUUGAUUACGCCGGCAACCGUCUGGUGGCCUGUGGAAGCAUCUGGCAGGGCGUGUGCCAGUUCCUGCGGCUGGAAGAUCUCUUCAAGCUUGGUGAACCACACCACCGUAAAGAGCACUACCUCUCGGGAGCCAAAGAGUCUGAUGGGAUGGCUGGAGUUGUGGUGGGCGACGAUGACGGAGACUUGAAGAAAAAGAAAGGUGGCAGUCGGCUCUUCAUUGGUGCUGCGAUCGAUGGCAAAUCAGAGUAUUUUCCAACCCUCUCUAGCCGUAAACUGGUGGAGGACGAGGAGAGUGUUAACAUGUUCAGUUUGGUCUACCAAGAUGAGUUUGUGUCUUCGCAAAUCAAGAUACCUUCAGACACCCUGUCUCAGUAUCCCGCAUUUGAUAUCUACUACGUCUACGGGUUCUCCAGCCGGACUUACAUCUAUUUCCUCACUUUGCAACUGGAUACUCAGCUCACUCAGGUGGACGUGACGGGCGAGAAGUUCUUCACCUCAAAAAUUGUCCGCAUGUGUUCCAAUGACACUGAGUUUUACUCCUAUGUCGAGUUCCCGCUUGGGUGCACCAAGGAUGGUGUGGAAUACCGACUUGUUCAAGCUGCCUACAAACAUCGUCCUGGGAAGAUUCUGGCACAGGCUCUGGGCCUGUCUGAGGAUGAGGAUGUCCUGUUCGUGAUCUUCUCCCAGGGUCAGAAGAACAGGGCCAACCCACCAAGAGAAACAGUGCUGUGCCUCUUUACACUGCACCAGAUUAACCUGGCCAUGCGAGAGAGGAUCAAGUCAUGCUACCGUGGAGAGGGAAAGCUGUCUCUACCGUGGUUGCUCAACAAGGAGCUGCCUUGCAUUAAUACGCCCAAGCAGAUUGGCGACGAUUUCUGCGGCCUGGUCUUAAAUCAGCCUCUCGGGGGGCUGAUGGUGAUCGAGGGCAUUCCUCUGUUUGAUGACCGCACCGACGGCAUGGCAUCAGUGGCCGCAUACACAUACGGAGACCAUUCAGUGGUGUUUGUGGGCACUCGCAGCGGACACCUCAAGAAGAUUCGAGUGGACGGUGUUCCUCCACCGUCAGAGAAUGCUUUGCUGUACGAGACCGUGACCGUUGUGGAGGGAAGCCCGAUCCUGCGGGACAUGGUGUUCAGUCCAGACUAUCAGUACAUCUACCUGCUGAGCGACAAACAGGUGAGUCGUCUGCCGGUGGAAAGCUGUUCUCAGUACAGCAGCUGUAAGACGUGUCUGGGCUCUGGAGAUCCUCACUGCGGCUGGUGUGUCCUGCAUAACAAGUGCUCCAGAAAGGAGGCCUGUGAGAAGUGGGCCGAGCCGCUUCACUUCAGUACGGAGCUGAAGCAGUGUGUGGACAUUACUGUCAUUCCGGAUAACAUGUCUGUGACGUCCGUGUCUACACGGCUGAGUGUGAAGGUGGCGAACGUCCCGAACCUCUCUGCGGGGGUGACGUGUGUGUUUGAGGAGCUCACAGAAAGUCCAGGAGAAGUGCUGGCUAAAGGACAAAUCCUCUGCAUGUCCCCUUCCCUUCGGGACGUCCCGUCUGUCACUCAGGGAUACGGCGAUAAACGGGUCGUGAAGCUUUCUCUGAAGUCCAAAGAGACAGGGCUCAAAUUCAUCACCACUGACUUCGUCUUCUACAACUGCAGCGUCCUGCAAUCGUGUUCAUCGUGUGUUAGCAGUCCUUUCCCCUGCAACUGGUGUAAAUAUCGCCACAUCUGCACUAAUAAUGUAGCCGAGUGCUCUUUCCAGGAAGGUCGGGUGAGCAGCGCAGAGGGCUGCCCGCAGAUUUUGCCCAGCAGUGACAUCCUGGUACCAGCGGGGAUCGUUCGUCCAAUCACUUUGCGAGCCCGAAACUUGCCUCAGCCUCAGUCCGGACAGAAGAACUAUGAGUGCGUCUUUAACAUCCAGGGCAAAGUCCAGCGUAUUCCUGCUGUCCGCUUCAACAGCUCCUGCAUCCAGUGUCAGAACACUUCGUACUGGUAUGAAGGGAACGAGAUGGGGGAUCUGCCUGUGGAUUUUUCCAUCGUGUGGGACGGUGACUUUCCCAUCGACAAACCCUCAUCCAUGAGAGCUCUCCUGUAUAAGUGUGAGGCUCAGAGGGACAGCUGUGGCCUAUGUCUGAAGGCUGACAGCACAUUUGAGUGUGGCUGGUGUUUGGCCGAUAAGAAGUGUCUCCUAAAGCAACACUGUCCAUCAGCCGAACACAACUGGAUGCAUCAGGGACGACGCAACAUUCGCUGCAGUCAUCCGCGCAUUACCAAGAUACGUCCUCUGACAGGCCCGAAAGAAGGAGGUACACGCGUCACCAUUGAAGGAGAGAAUCUGGGGCUGCAGGUUCGAGAAAUCACACACGUGCGCGUGGCUGGAGUUCGCUGCAACCCUGCCGCAGCUGAAUACAUCAGCGCUGAGAGGAUUGUGUGUGAUAUGGAGGAGUCUCUGAUGUCCAGUCCUCCUGGAGGCCCGGUGGAGCUAUGUAUUGGAGACUGCAGCGCUGAGUACAGGACUCAAUCCACACAGACUUACUCCUUUGUGACACCGAGCUUCAGUCGAGUGCGUCCCGAGAAAGGCCCGGUGUCCGGUGGGACGAGGCUGACCAUCUCAGGCCGACAUCUGGACGCCGGCAGCGCUGUGACUGUGUUUUUGGCCCAGGAAGAAUGUCUGUUCGUCAGGAGAACGGUGCGUGAGAUUGUGUGUGUGACACCUCCAUCAUCUUCAGGAUCUGGACCUUCAUCUGUGAAGCUGUUCAUCGAUAAAGCAGAGAUCACCAGCAACACCCGCUACAUCUACACUGAAGACCCCAAUAUUUCCACCAUUGAGCCCAACUGGAGCAUCAUCAACGGCAGCACAAGCCUCACAGUCACAGGAACCAACCUGCUCACCAUUCAGGAGCCCAAAGUCAGAGCCAAAUAUGGAGGAGUGGAGACCACAAACGUCUGUAGUCUGGUCAAUGAUUCGGUGAUGACGUGCUUGGCUCCGGGCAUCAUCUACACCAAACGUGAGGCUCCAGAGAGCGGCGUUCACCCGGAUGAGUUCGGCUUCAUCCUGGACCACGUCUCUGCCCUCCUUAUCCUCAACGGGACUCCGUUCACUUACUAUCCCAACCCGACCUUUGAACCUCUUGGGAAUGCUGGGAUUCUGGAGGUCAAACCAGGAUCACCCAUUAUCUUGAAGGGCAAGAACCUGAUUCCUCCUGCGCCUGGAAACAUCCGUCUGAAUUACAGCGUGACGAUCGGAGAAACGCCCUGCCUGCUAACAGUCUCUGAAUCUCAGCUGCUCUGCGAUUCGCCAGAUCUGACUGGAGAACAGCGAGUGAUGAUUCUUGUUGGCGGCCUGGAAUAUUCCCCUGGAAUGCUUCACAUUUAUUCGGACAGCACUCUCACGUUGCCUGCCAUCAUCGGGAUUGGAGCAGGUGGAGGGGUCCUCCUCAUUGCCAUCAUCGCUGUGCUCAUCGCUUACAAGCGCAAAACGCGGGACGCCGACCGCACACUCAAACGCCUGCAGCUGCAGAUGGACAACCUGGAGUCCCGGGUUGCGCUGGAGUGCAAGGAAGCAUUCGCUGAGCUGCAGACAGACAUCCAAGAGCUGACGAAUGACAUGGACGGUGUGAAAAUCCCUUUCCUGGAGUAUCGUACCUACACCAUGAGAGUGAUGUUCCCUGGCAUCGAGGAGCACCCGGUUUUGAAGGAGCUGGACUCUCCAGCUAAUGUGGAGAAGGCCCUGCGCUUGUUCAGUCAGCUGCUGCACAACAAGAUGUUCCUGCUAACCUUCAUCCACACGCUGGAGGCGCAAAGGUCCUUCUCCAUGCGGGAUCGUGGCAAUGUGGCCUCCCUCCUCAUGGCAGCGCUUCAGGGACGAAUGGAGUAUGCUACUGUGGUUCUCAAACAGCUUCUGGCUGACCUGAUCGAAAAGAACCUGGAGAACCGAAACCACCCUAAACUACUGCUUAGACGAACUGAAUCUGUGGCAGAGAAGAUGCUCACCAACUGGUUCACGUUCCUCCUGCACCGCUUUCUCAAGGAGUGUGCGGGUGAGCCUCUGUUUAUGCUCUACUGUGCUAUAAAACAGCAGAUGGAGAAAGGCCCCAUAGACGCCAUCACAGGAGAGGCCAGAUACUCCCUGAGCGAAGACAAGCUCAUCCGACAGCAAAUCGACUACAAGCAGCUGACGCUGAUGUGUAUUCCUCCUGAAGGAGAAGCCGGGACAGAAAUUCCUGUUAAGGUGCUAAACUGUGACACAAUCACUCAGGUGAAGGACAAGCUGCUGGACGCUGUUUAUAAAGGCAUCCCGUACUCACAGAGACCACAGGCAGACGACAUGGACCUGGAAUGGCGGCAGGGUCGACUGACCAGAAUCAUCCUCCAAGAUGAAGACGUCACCACAAAGAUCGAGAGCGACUGGAAGAGACUGAACACACUGGCGCAUUACCAGGUGACAGAUGGAUCUUUGGUGGCUUUGGUUCAGAAGCAAGUAUCUGCUUACAACAUCGCCAACUCUUUCACGUUCACUCGCUCUCUCAGUCGAUAUGAGAGCCUCUUGAGGACGUCCAGUAGUCCAGACAGCCUGCGCUCCAGGGCUCCCAUGAUCACCCCUGACCAGGAGACGGGCACCAAACUCUGGCACCUGGUGAAGAACCACGAGCAUGCAGACCAGCGGGAAGGAGACCGCGGCAGCAAGAUGGUGUCUGAGAUUUACCUCACACGCUUGCUGGCUACCAAGGGCACGCUGCAGAAGUUUGUGGACGAUCUGUUUGAGACUGUCUUCAGUACGGCUCACCGUGGCAGCGCUCUCCCACUGGCCAUCAAAUACAUGUUUGAUUUUCUGGAUGAGCAGGCGGACAAGAGGCAGAUCACCGACCCGGACGUACGGCACACCUGGAAGAGCAACUGCCUUCCUCUGCGGUUUUGGGUCAACGUGAUCAAAAACCCUCAGUUUGUGUUUGACAUCCACAAGAACAGUAUUACAGAUGCCUGUCUGUCGGUGGUGGCUCAGACAUUUAUGGACUCGUGCUCCACGUCUGAGCAUCGUCUGGGAAAAGACUCUCCGUCAAACAAACUGCUCUAUGCUAAAGACAUCCCCAACUACAAGAGCUGGGUGGAGAGAUAUUACCGUGAUAUCAGCAAGAUGCCAAGUAUCAGUGAUCAGGAUAUGGAUGCCUAUCUGGUCGAGCAGUCUCGUCUCCAUGGCAACGAGUUCAACACGCUGAGCGCGCUCAGUGAACUGUAUUUCUACAUCAACAAGUACAAAGAAGAGAUUUUGACAGCGCUGGACAGAGACGGUUACUGUCGCAAACACAAGCUACGACACAAACUGGAACAAGCCAUUAACCUGAUGUCUGGCAGCAGCUGAGGGUGGUGACGGAUCGGACGGGAGGGGAAGCGUUCAGGGGGUUUGGGGAGGGUUGAGACUGAAUUGAUGACGUCCAGCGGACCGACCCGUGUUAGAACAUCCACAGCUUGUGCUAGCAGAAGGUGAGGCUAAACACUGGACAAUCAACUCUAACGGAACCACAGCACAGCAUACCAAGCCCAAUGUUUUUUCUGGACCAGAUCCUGUAUUCCCAAACGCCCUCACUCCCUAAUGCCCGACCCGAACCCCGUUCAUAUCAGCCUGCCUAACAAACUCUUCAACACGGACUACUGUGGAUCAGACACAUUCCAAUGAGGAAAAGAUGCAACAUGUUGCCUUGGAAGCAAAGAUAGUGUCAUGGAAGGAAAUAUCCAUCUUUCUGGGAGAAAAAAAUAAAAUAAAAAAGAAGCAACGUGUUUUAAUAAUGCAUUUGAUGAGUAAUCCGAAAACAAUUCUUCAAAUCGACCUCCGAGAGACGCCUCAAGAACAAUCCAGCUCCAUUAAACGAAGAUAUUUAUAAUCAACAAUGGAGACCAAAUGUAGGGGGGAAUUGCAUUAUGGGUAGUGUCGAGGCUGGGCAGAUCGGGAGGAAGCUUCUCCUCCUCGUCUCAGAAACGCCAUAGACCUUUAAAAGCGCCUUUUUCUCUCUUUUUUUGUGAUUAUGGGGCCAAAUGGACCUCUCUUUGUCAAGAGGUAUGGAUCAGCAUCUUUUGAAGCUUGCCUUUUCGUUGCGUCCGGAUAUGACUCCCUGAACCGAAAUGUACCCCGGGAUCGGGCGUCCGCCGCCCCCCGGGAGAAGUUUUUGCUCCCUUUGCUUUUUUGUACACCGCUGUGUUACUGUGAGGUUUGGAGUGUUUACUCAGAUUCUGUGGUUCUGCGUUGGCGAGGGCCGAGAUUUAUCCCUUGAUGACAGGCAUCUUUAAUGUAGUAGAUCCAUCUAGAGCAAUAACUCUCAGAAUUUACCUGCAAGCCAUGAGUUUCAGUUCCCUGUGUGUGUUCAGAUUCACCGUCCUGACUCUAAAUUUUCGAUGUUAGCAGUUGGCGAACUUUUCAUUUCCCUGUUUUUGUUGUCGUUCUGCCCAAAAGGCAGCCAAAACGUGUUCACAAUGCCAAGCACAACGAAGGGACGACUGUUCUACUCUGAUUGUUUUAUCGCCGUUUCAGCAGGCCAAUGCAAUUCUGGACUAGAUGUCCGCAGCUAAACAUAUGUCACUCUUCAGUCGUCCCCCGUAAAAACCUUCCCACAAGGUUCCUGCUUGAUUGAUUCUUAAGAUUGUGUCAAUUCUGUCUGUAUACACAAACAACAAGGCCUUAAGUCAUUUCCUCUUCUCUAUAUCGGACUUUCUCACCUCUCUGAGGUGAACUGCAAAUAUUCCAGGUACUCGAAUUGUGAUACGUACGUGAGUUUCAAAGUACUCUCAGCUGUUUUCUAAUCCUUGCUUAUAUGUGGUUCUGAGUUCUGCCCUGUCUACUUGCAUACGGAUUGUGUUUUUCUGUCACGGUCACCAACCGAGAAUGUACAGCAUGAGCAUAUCUUGCAAAACUCUUUGCCUCAUUAUACGUGUUCCAGUUUAAAAACGCAAAAUACCUUCAGAUGAUCACAACCAGGACUACAGGGAGCGCUAUUUGCUUUCAAAAUCGUCUUUAAAAAGUCUUUCACCAAGGUCAGUUUGAGCAAACAACACCCAUCGCCAUAUUCGGAAUCAUUAAAACAUUCGGGAAAUCCAUCGGGGCCUUAUUAGUUGAGUUUAGUUGAGUUUUGAAUGUAGAUAUUCGAUGACCAUCAAAGUGAUCACAUACCUUUAAGUUCUUCAUACUCUGAUAUUUUCACCCUGAAGUGUAUUAUUGGGUAACUGCUAAUCAUGAUUGCCUUCUUUGGGCUACAAAUGCAGGACUUUGGGCAUUUCAAUCCAAUAUUUUAGAGUUUCAUUGAAUGUAAUUAAACCUGCCUUCAAAUUGGAUGGGGAUGACAAGAUUCUGAGUUCGUUUAGAUACGGCAUCAUCAUCAAAAGCCUAAUUUGUGUGUGCGUGUGUGUGUGUGUGUUGUUGUAAUUGUGAAGGCAGGAUGUUUUGAAGUAAAUGUGGGGCUCAUUAACACAUGAAAAAGUUGCAGGGUGAUAAUUAAGCAGACUCCAUUUGAACAUUGGUUUGUUUUUGUAUUUUGGGGUCAGCUCGUGAAUCCGGCAUUUCAACCUCUCGCGACACACACCGUCCAUCAGGAAUUACUGCCUGUUUGCCAAAGCUGCGUCGUCAGCAAUGCAGGUACGACACCGACAUCUCAACCACUUUGAGAAAUGAAACGCAAUCAUAAAUCUAGGAUUUACCAGUGGUUGAUUUCUGUGUUUGUUUGUUUGAUUUAGCACCUCUUGGUUGAAACCACGCCGUCAGGUUUACAUCUGAUUUUUCUAUACUGUGAGUAAAGCCAAACGUACUGUGGGGGAAGUGGACUUAGCUUGGUCGCGUACAUACUGCCUGUAAGAUAACUCUGACUAUGGUUAAGUGCAACUGCCCACCGGGGUGUUUUUAGCUGAAGACACUAACGACGCCUCGGCCGAUAGCCAUAUAUCAGAAAAAUCGCCCGUUUCCUUUCGUGCAGCAGAACUCAGAGCCAAAUGAGGCGCUUUGCGGUUUGUUUUUCGUCGUGUGGUGAAACGGCAUACUCUUAAAAGCACCUGUAACUUGUGAGGAACGGAGCGGAGCGAGUGGCAAAAUAACUGUGGUGUUUUUUCAGUAGAUACAGUAGAAGAAAAAAUAAAAAAAUAUGUCUGUUUUAGAACCAUAACUACAUUUCAGUCAAUGUUCUAGUUAUAAAAGAAAAAAAAAAAACAUUUUGACUCAGAUGAAUUAAUUCUAAUUUAUUUGUCCGUUUGUCUCUUUAUCCCAAAUGUUUUAAUCAAUUUUAUUGUAACAGACUUGUUUACAGUUUCAGAAAUAUAUGGAGUUUAUUAACGUGUCUGGAGAGCUUUGUGACUGGUUGAUUGGAUGACUGGUUAAUGGGCAACUGCUAUGCCUAGUCCUUAAUUCUAUAUAAAUAUAUAAAUAUAUUUUGUAUAAUUAUUGGACUGAAAUGUUUUUUUAUUUGACAUUUUUUCUUUAAAUUAUUCUUUUAAUUCCGUUUUUAAAUGGUUCGAGGGUGAGAAUGAGUCUAAAACGCUGGCUGCAAUGAAGUGUUUUGUAUAUAUUUGCACCUUUUUUUUUUAAAUCUGUGCGAGUUUUUUUAUUUUGAAAGAUCGGAUUCUAACUUAAUGUUCAAAGGUCAAGCAUGGUGUUGUUUAUUUUUUGUUUUCAUUUUGCCAAUUAAAAGAUAUGUGGAUGAUGCUGUA